AUGGCUCAGGUAGCGACCGCAGAUCUGCACGCUCUCCAGGCUGCGCUGCUCAACACCACCGGCGAUGUGCCGCUGCACAAACGAUUCAGGGCGCUUUUCACUCUCAAAUCACUCAAGACAGACGAGGCGAUUGAGAUCAUCUCUAAAGGAUUUGAGGAUCCUUCUGCUUUGCUCAAACAUGAGCUGGCAUAUUGUCUGGGACAAAUAAAGAGCCCAAAAGCACUGCCUACGCUCCAAGCCGUCUUGGAAGAUACAUCCGAAGACCCAAUGGUGCGGCAUGAGGCUGCUGAGGCCAUGGGAGCCAUCUCAGCUUCAGAAUCUCUCCCGAUGUUGAAGAAGUAUCUCGACGACGCGGAGCGCACGGUGCGAGAGACGUGCGAGAUCGCGAUCGCUAAAAUCGAAUGGGAUAAUUCUGAGGAAGGCAAACAACAUGUUCAGGCCAGCUCAAAGGCGGAAGACAUUGUUCCCACAUACACCUCAAUCGACCCCGCACCCCCCACUUCUGGUCUUCUGUCAGGCCCUGCAAAGCCAGACCAGAUCACAGAAGACACUGUCAAGAACCUACAAGCGAAGCUCUUGGACCCAAGCCUUCCUCUCUUUGAACGGUAUCGUGCGAUGUUUGGCUUGAGAAACAUCGGCACUCCAGAUGCGGUCGACGCUCUUGCCUCCGGAUUUUCUGAUGACAGCGCUCUAUUCAAACACGAGAUAGCCUUCGUCUUUGGCCAGAUGCUUUCCCCACACUCGGUCCCAUCAUUGAUCAAGGUCUUGGAAAAUAACGGGGAGUCUGAGAUGGUACGUCACGAGGCUGCCGAGGCUCUCGGGGGCAUUGCUACACCGGAGGUACUUCCAUACCUAAAGAAGUGGAUGUCCAUCGAUGAUUCUCCUCGAGUCGUUCGGGAGAGCUGUCAAGUCGCGAUAGAUAUGUGGGAGUACGAGAACUCGGACGAGUUCCAAUACGCCGACGGCCUCGGAGCAACUGCACCAGCAGUUGCGAUCUCCGCAUGA